AAGUGGGUGCGCUUGGACCCGACCUGGUGGCAGCAAGGGUUAAUCUAUUGCCUGCAAUGCAGGGCAGUCCCAAAACAGUACAUGGGAAGUUUAGGCAUAAACUGAAAAUACCAAAAAUACCAGGCUUUGUGCGACGUCAACGGAGCCCCAAACCCAGCACCACCUGCAGAGUGGAGAGUAAUCCUCCUCCAACAGAGGUGAUUAUGGACUUUCUGGAGAACCUGAAGGAAAAUCGCUUGGUGGAGGCUUGCCAGCAGUUGCUCUUGCGAGAGGACAAGCUCUUUGGCCAAGAAACCAUGACUGUAGAGGGGUUGGGUCAGGUUUGCAACGAGGACGAUGAAGACACGCUCCAAAAAGACUAUGAAACCCUGCUGCUCCACUUAUGGAUGGCAGUUCACACCACCUUUAGUUCCACACCCUCAGGAGAACACCUAGAGAUACUUCGAAGUGCGGUGGAAACCAUAACGCUGCUGGAAGAGAAGGACCAGCAAUGGGAAGUGCGGCUCGAGGGCAGCAGCGAGGCCCCCGUGUGGCGGCCACACCAGUGCCGGCUCACCCACGACACCCUGCUUGAAAAAAUUGUGGAUUCUCGAAUGAGGAAUGCGGCAGUGGAGGAGGACAAUGUCAGCGCUAGUAAUAGCAACCUGUCAACGUCCAUGGAAAGGGAGGUGUAUAGGAUGGGCAAGUGUCUGAAGGAGGACGUUCUCAGGGUUGCAAGUGAUGUGAGGGACUGCUACCCCCCAGACUUUGACGUGUGCAACUUGUAUGUGAGACUUUACCAUCAGAAGUUCUCAGCAAGGUUAACAGAACUGGCCCGCUCUGGGCUCGAUGUGGAUGACUGUAACUACCUCCUCUGCUGGGUGAACAAUUACUAUCCAAAUGACAUCUUAAAACACAAAGACCUUGAGGGGCACAUCAACAUUGAGUCUUUGGGAACUCUUUUAUCUGAGAAGGAUCUCACAACAUUGGAGGAGCAGUAUCUACUACAAAAAGAGAGUACAGUCAGGACCUGGUUCUCCAAGGCUCUCAGUAAGAUGGAGGAGGGUUGGCUCAGUGGAAAGAGUCCAGAACUCAUUGACGGGUACUGCUUCUGUCCUCUGGCCAUUGACAUCAUACAGGCUGUUGAUGGGGCCAUGAGAGAGGCCAGGACUAUUCUGGGCAGUGAGGCUAAAGCCCAGAGAAUCUUGCGUCAGCUGGACAGCUUCUUGAUAAGCUAUAAGAGCUCUCUUGAAGAAUUUGUGAAGAGAACAGGGGAGAACACUCAGGCAGUCGUGAAAGCUAACCUGGUUAACAUCGAACAAUUCAGAGACUUCAUAGUGAGAAGAGAGGAGUCAAUCCCAGAAGAGAUCAAGACAAGCUGUAUGUCCACAUUGGCAGACCUGAGAGACUGUGGCUACGGAUACUUCACCGACCCCAUACAUGAGGAGCUCAGGGUGCAGUACCGUAUGCUGUGGACGCAGGCCUGGUUUACUGGGGGUCAGAUGGUACUGGAUGAAGUUCUGGAGACACUGGACAGACACAUGCAGCAAUUCACAGACCUCAAACCCAUCUGUAUGGAGGAGCUGCUGGGCCGGCUCCACAUGGAGAUGAUGGUGGAGUAUGUGAAGAGGAUGAUGAAGAGGAAGAUGAGGCUGAAAGACAAGGAGCAGCAGGAGGCAGCAGCCAAGUUACUUGCUGAUGACAGCAGCACACUGAGCACCUACUUUACUGAAGCGGGGUCCAAAAUAAACUGGCUGAGUGAGGUCCUCCCUAAAAUGGCGGAGGUGGUCAGACUGCAGGACCCAGGAAGCAUCCAGCUGGAGAUUGUCACCCUGGCUAGGGACUUCCCAGACCUUAGUUGGAAACAUAUUUCGGCUCUGCUUUCCCUCAAAGCCAACCUAUCCACGGCUGAUGUCCAAGGUAUCAAAGAGAGCCUAGUAGAGAACCGGCCCACGGUCACCACUUUCAAUACCAUCCCACCAUUCUUCUCCAAGGUCCCAGCGGGCAAAACUUGGUGCAUGGGCAGACCAGCGUGCAUCUGUUAUGGGGGAAGGCGGUAUUUAAGCAAGGAUUAGACAUUGGGCAAUCUACCCAUUUUGGCGCUCCUCUCGAAUGUCUACAAUGGUACUGUAUGCACAUUCACUUAGCAAGUCUACUCUUGUGUAGGUGAGUGUACAAGUGGAAAGGGAUAGAUGGACAAGUGCAUCCCACAAUUGUGAUUAAAUACUAUCUGCUUGCCUAAAUGUUGAUACUCUAUUAGCAGUUCCUUUGUCAAAGGUCGCUAUCCUUUUGGAGGAAGUUCUAGCAAUCUAAUGUGAAAGGAAUUAAGGCAUUAGAUAAAAUAUAUAUACAGUGCCUUCGGAAAGUAUUCAGACCCCUUGACUUUUUCUACAUUUUGUUACGUUACUUACUCUAAAAUGUAUUAAAUUACAUUUUUUCCUCAUCACACACAAUACCCUAUAAUGACAAAAC